UGAAUUGGCAGCCUAAGUGACAGAAACGUGGGGAAAGCCAAAGAAUCUUCCAAGAAAGUAGAUUUUGAACUCAAGGUUACUCUUCUAUUGAUACAAUUGAAAUUAAAAAGAAAACGCGCAAAUAAAGCUAAAUUCAAUAUUUAACUAAUGCCGCCUUGAGCGUAUGCCUAAUACAGACAUCAGUUUCUAAAGAAAAACAAAAUACAAAUAAACAAAAUUAAUAUUUUAUAAGAACCGUUGAUAAGCGCAGAAUUCAAUUCCGGUCGGAACGUCGACAAUUCAAGAUGAGAAAGCAAAGAGAAAGUAAACUGCGAGUGCGGUUGUCGCUGCUUCUGAUGGUAUUUGGGACGAUUCUGGGUAAGGUGGCUGGCUACGGAAGCCCCCAAAACCCUGGCUAUGGUAAUGGACAUGGUCAAAGGCUCAGUGUUGAGCCAGUAACCGAAUGGCGACAAUUGGAGUAUGGUUUUGCAUCUGACCAGGAUCGACACAAGGCGCAAGCAGAUGGUAAUCUGAGGGAAGGAUAUGGUACACCCAUUGAUGUGCAGCCACAAUACUUGGCCAAUGGACAGGCGCGUGUGUUUACCACUAUUCCACGUUUCGUCAGUGGCAUACCCUACACACUGGCAAUGGUAUCGGAGCAGUUGGGCAGCAAUGGACCCUUGCUACAGCCCUAUCCCAACUUCGCGUGGCACAACAACAAUGGCGACAAUUGUGAUCGGAUCACCUCCGCCUUUCGUGUGGCUAUUACGGAGUGCAAUCAGAUGUGGGUCAUUGAUUCAGGCAAUGUAGGUGGCGUGCAGCAUUGUCCGCCACAGCUGCUGCAAUUCGAUCUGAAUAAUGAUCGUUUACUGCAUCGCUUCCGCUUCCCCAAUGAUACUUAUGUAUCAGGUGCCUCACUUUUCAUUGCGCCCAAUGUGCUGGUGCUGGAUCCACCUCCACGGGGCAACUGUGCACGCACCAUGAUUUAUGUACCGGAUGUCACCUAUCACGGUCUCGUAGUUUACGAUCAUCAGGCGAAAGCUGCUUGGCGUAUCGAGAAUCGUUUCAUGUACCCAGAUCCCGAUUAUGGACAACAUACGAUUGCCGGCGAGAGUUUCAUUCUGAUGGACGGCAUCUUUACUGUGAAUAAUAACAAACGUAAUCUCUACUUCCAUCCAUUGGCCAGUGUCAGUGAGUAUUCGGUGCCACUGAACGUGAUAAACAGGCGGGAGAACUGGGCGGAUGAUGCGGAUGCCAUGCCGGAACAGUUCAAGCUGCUGGGCAGGCGCAAGAGUGAAUGUGGUGCCUCUGCUAUGGACAGCCGCAACAAUCUCUACUGUGUCACUUUCAAUCCCAUAAAGUUGUUCGCAUGGAAUACGAAUACACCCUACACGUCACGUAACUUUGGCAACCUGCCCGCCAAGUCCACUGACCUACAGUUUGUCAGUGGCAUGAAAGUUGUGCGAAAUAGCCGCGGGCAGGAGGAACUCUGGAUGCUGUCUAAUCGUUUUCAGAAAAUUGCUAGCGGCACUUUAAAUUCCAAGGAGGUGAAUUUCCGCAUUUUACGUCGCCCACUCAGCGAUAUUCACAGUGGGGUAUAUUUUGCAAGCGAUGAUGAUUUAUCUAAUCGUUUGGUCUUUACUUAAUCCUAUACAUAAAAGAUUUUAUUAUUAAAUAAGAGUAUCAAUUGGUUACCCAAAUAAAAAUAACAUUUAUAUAACACUUUUCAGCUAAA